AUGGUGCCAUUUGGGAUGCGUAUUAUCCCACCCAGGCAAGCCCCUCCUUUUGGUUCUCUGUUGCCUAGGGGCUUGGAGCCGGUGCUGCUUAGUGGAGAUGAUUUGGAAGUGAAGCCAUGUAUGAUUGAUGAUGUGUGUUCUCAGGCCUCUGUGUGUUGGCCGGGGCUUCACACAGACGAGGCAGGUGAAGUGAGACGGCUCGUGGAGGUCUGCCCGGAGGGAGGGGACAUCGUCCAGCAACUGGCCAAUCGGAUCGCAGAGGACGGGGGCGCAGCACUGAUUGUAGACUACGGGCACGGCGGGACCAAGACGGACACGUUCAGAGGUUUCAAAGAUCCUAAGCUCCAUGAUGUCUUAGCGUCCCCUGGCUCUGCUGACCUUACUGCUGACGUGGACUUCAGUUGCCUGAUUAAGAUGGCUAGAGCUACGGUGGUCUGCGUGGGGCCUGUCUGUCAAAGAGACUUCCUGAAAAAUAUGGGCAUCGAUACAAGCUUACAGGUUCUGCUGAGGAAAUGUGCAGACCCGUCUAUAAAGGCCGAGCUGAUACAGGGCUAUGACAUGCUGACCAACCCCCAGAAGAUGGGCGAGAGGUUCCAGUUCUUCACCAUGCUCAACCACAGUCGGCUCACCAGGCCUGAGCAGUCCGAGGGGGGUGAGAAGAUGGCCCCGGUUCCCAAGUAGGCCCCAACGCCCCUGCCUGUGGCUAGCUUCAGUGAGCUUGGCCCCUCGUGAAAAGCGUAGCCAGAGACCCACCAUGGGUUCCAACAGAGACUGCACUGCAGAGGCUGUGAAUAUGAACUCGCCUGUGAAGACACUUAGAAUUCGCACCCAUGAAUUUAGUACUAUACCUUGAUUAUAUACAAAAGACCUUCGGAAGCAAUAGGGUUUGGUCUGAAUUUAGUUUGAAAAGUUGAGCUUAUGUGCUAAUCAAAUCUAGGAAUGAUGCACCCUGAGGGACGAUGGCAACUGAUGUCUUUCUUUAUCAUAUAUAUAUGUUAAUUAAAGCAACAUGUAAUUCAGAGGGGUACGGAAUGUAAAUGUUCUCAGUCAGAAGAACGUCACCCCAGGUCACUGCGUUUCAAGCGUUAGGAAUACAGCUCCGCUCUGCUCCUGUCUUUUGGAAGGAAACUAUUAAUGGGCCACGUGGUGCCUGGCUGCCUUAACAUCUUGAACCAAUUGGGUGAGCGUGGCGUUCGUAGAUAGCAUCCAUGUCCCAACUGGCACCCUAUUCCCUAUGCAGUGCACUACUUUUGACCAGAGCCCUGGUCAAAGGUGGUGCACUACAUAGGGCAUAGGGUGCCAUUUGGGAUGCAAGUCAGCCACUCGCAGCAUGCUGUGUUUUGCUCUGACAGGCUCGCCCUUGCUGCCCUAGUAGCAAUUAAAAGAGACUAUUACACAGGACUAUCACCGUAGCCAAAAUAACCAGCCAGUCCUACUGAAGGGAGGCUAAU